AUGGAAACGUUAAGACAGAAGAACCAGGCAUUUAAUACAACAGCCAAUGAAUUGAAAGAAGUUGCAGUUUUUAUUAGUAUACAAGAAAUAUUAUGUGGUCUACCAACCUCACAUGACUUGAACGCAAAAAAAAAUAAUACAACGAUAAGCAUCCGAUUUACAAAGCAGGUAGAACUUAGGCCAGUAUUAAAGAACGUCUGUUUGGAACAGGAGUUGCAAAGAUCGGCUAGACGAAACGCCGAAUUGGUUGGAAAAACUCGAGAAUUGUUGAAAAUACUUCAGAGGAAAGAUGGUGGAGAAGUUUGGUGUAUUGAGACGUAUCGAGCGAACCAAGUUGAAGUCAUGCGGCUGAGCAGAAACAUGAAGCAGGCAUACGAGAAUUUGAAGAGAGCUUAA